AUGUCGGACUCGCAUAUCCUGAAGAAGGUGCUUUUCGUCGGGGCCGGGGGAAAUAUCGGAGGGCGUGUCUUCCGAUCGCUCGAGAACGCUGGAUUCGACCUCACAGUGCUGACUCGUCCAAACUCGACCAAUGAGCUCGGUUCCAACGUAAAAUGCGUGAGGAAAGAGUACGACGAUCCGUCUCUGCACGAGGCUUUCGAAGGUCAAGAUGCUGUGGUGUCGUUGGUGUCAGUGACUGCGUUGCUGGACCAAGUGAAGCUGAUUGACAUCGCAGUGAAAGCUGGGGUCAAGAGAUUUAUUCCCAGUGAGCUUGGUUCCAGCACCCUCAACCCCAAGGUACAGGAGCUGGUCUUCUUCUACCAGCAGAAACGGACAGUGCUGGACCAUCUGGAGGCCGUGGCAGGGGAGAAUCCAAGCUUCUCGUGGACUGGGCUUGCCAACGGCCCUGUGUUUGACUGGGGUCUCAACGCUUCUUUCUUAGGCUUCGAUUUGAAAACUCAUACGGCACUGAUUUACAACGACGGCGACACCCGUGUGUCGCACAGCAAUCUUGACACUAUCGGAGAAGCAGUCUGUGCGAUCCUGCGCAAGCCACACGAAACCGCGAACAAGUAUCUCUUCAUAUCAUCCUUCACUGUCUCGCAGAAUGAAAUCCUCGCCUCGCUUGAAAAGACGACAGCAACGAAGUGGACGGUCAACAGAGCCAGCACAGUCGACGCGGAAAGGGACGGCAAAGAGAAGCUGACAAACGGUGACUUCUCUGGUGUGCGGCUAUUGUUGGCCCGCCUCAUGUACGGAGGCGACACGGGAGCAGACUUUGAGAAGGCGCCGGCAUUGGCUAACAAGGCACUUGGACUGCCCCAAGAAAGUCUUGACGCGACCAUUCAGGCUGUUGUGUAUGAUCAAAAUUGA